UCCUGUUUGUUAUUUUCGAGUCACAUGACAAUCCAGCAGAACGACACUUCCGGGCUUAACGAUACUUCCGGGAUAAGCCUAAAGUCUGAAGCUAAACUUGAUGGAAACGAAUUUGCGUCAAGGAAGUAUGGAGGAUGAUGAACUUCAGACAGAGGAUGGGCUGGGUGGGCGUGGCCCUCUAUCUGCUGCUCAGUGCCAUGGCUGUCUACUACAUUUUUGAGGUGAACACACUCAAUUUCGAACGUGUACAGAGAGGCGUGAUUGGCUUGUCUGCUGCACCACCCGCUGCCUCAUGGUCUCCACUGCUGUCACUUCCUGUGUGGAUGUGGGCAUCUGUCUUCUUGCUGCCGUACCUGCAGCUCUUCCUGUUCCUGUUUUCCUGUACCAGGGCAGAUCCUCGUGCGGUGGGCUACUGUGUUCUUCCUGUCUGCAUUGCUCUGCUGUGCACUCGUCGCUACCCCACUCGCACAAUGUCCAAUCAAAGGCCAGGCUCUGUGAUUGACACAUAGGAGCAGCUGCUGUGAUGUCACUUCCGGACCUUGAGUAUUGUUGGACAUCAGAGACAGUGCUGAGCCACGAUAACCUGGUAAAAAGUACUACAUUAUCAUGAAAGCCAUGGCUUUGGGCCUGGACCAGCAGGGGGAGUGUGGAGAUAUGCACCAGAGACAGUGGCUGCUCUAAAGAUCCAGGAGAGGGUGACUGCUGCAUUUGCCACAGUGUGGUCUAUUAGGAGCAGAACUUUAGGUGAACUUUAACUUUUAUGUGACUCUUCACACUGUCACAUCACACAAAGUAGUUAAAACAACCACCUUAAGUCACAAUAAAACAUUUACAUUGAGUUUUGAACAUAUUUAUUUUACUGCUGUUUGAAAAAAUAAACGUCAACUUCUAA